GAUAAGUUUCGCCAGUCGGUAGUCAUUCAGUUUUUAGUCGCGAUUCAACCACCUCACUGACAACAUGUAUCCCUUUGUAUUAUUCGUUCCACUGAGUGAUGCUCGUUGAAAUUUAACUAAGUGUCAUUUUGGAAAAGAGUUUAGUUAAAGUGAAAGAGAAGUUCAAGAAAAUGAUCAGUUAACAGAAGGACCCGGUAUGCUUUAUAGCGAAUACCUUCGAUUGGACAAAAUCUUAACCGCACAAAGAUUGCUAAGCACCGAGUACAACAAGGAAGUGCACGAUGAACAUCUUUUUAUCGUCACUCAUCAGGCAUACGAACUUUGGUUCAAACAGAUUAUCUACGAAUUGGACUCGGUCAGAGUACUUUUCAACUCCGAACCAAGUGGCUACGAUUCCUUGAACGGCACCGCCAACAAUCACACUUCCGUUCAGAAAAAUCGGAUCUCCCAAGUUCUUAACGAAUCAAGGACCUUGGAAAUUUUGAAGAGAUUAAAUCGCAUCGUCCUCAUUUUAAAACUGUUAGUAGACCAGGUAACGAUAUUGGAAACCAUGACACCGUUGGAUUUUAUGGCAUUUAGAGACUAUCUGUGUCCAGCCUCAGGUUUUCAAUCAUUACAGUUUCGUCUGUUGGAGAAUAAGCUAGGCGUGAAACAGGAGCACAGGGUCAAGUACAAUCAAAGUUACACCAGAGUAUUUGGAAGAGAUCCAAAAGCUAUCGAAGCGAUAAAAUGUUCAGAAGAGGAACCUAGUCUCAGUUAUCUUGUUCAAAAAUGGUUAGCAAGGACGCCAGGUCUGGAAGCUCACGAUUUUGAUUUCUGGGGGAAAUACAAAAGAUCUGUCGAGAAGCUGCUCGUUGAACAGGAACAAUUUGCUCGAAAACAAACAAAGGAGCAACUCAGAAAUUAUCAUUUGGCAAAUACACGUUCUCGGAAAGCAGUAUUCGAGACGAUUUUCAACGAAUCUCUCCAUAAUGCGCUUGUAUCUCGAGGAGAAAGAAAAUUCGCGUACGCUGCUCUUCAAGGUGCAGUAAUGAUCACAUUGUAUCGCGACGAACCAAGAUUCAGUCAGCCCCACCAAAUUUUAACCGCGUUAAUGGAUAUUGAUUCUCUUAUUACAAAAUGGAGGUAUAAUCAUGUUUUGAUGGUUCAAAGGAUGAUCGGGACCCAGCAACUCGGAACAGGAGGAUCUUCAGGAUAUCAAUAUUUAAAAUCCACUUUAAGCGAUAGGUACAAGGUAUUUCUGGACUUAUUCAAUCUAUCCACUUUUUUGAUACCUCGCCAUAUGAUUCCACCAUUGACGAAACAAAUGAAGACAAAAUUAUCCGUUGUUUGCAAUGAAUGGAAUUCAGAUGACAAUCAAAACAAUUCUGAAUGUACAAUGGAUGAUACGUAGGAAAAUUAUGACUUGAUGAUGCCAUAAAUGUUAGGAUAUGUAUUAGGAUAGGUAAUGGAGUAUCAAAUGCAUAUAUAUAUAAAGUCAACAACAUAAAACUUUAUUUUGUUUUGCCGUUCAACGUGCAUUAGAAUAUGUAUAAAAAACAUAAACGUGGCUGCAUAGAUAAUUAUAU